UUCAUAAGAAUGGAAGCAGUGUUUCCUUGCCAGAUUCCUUAUUGCUAUAUCUCAUGAACCUACAUAAUCUUGGGAAAAAGCCUCUAUUUCAUGAUGACAAUCCUGUCACCAGUAUAGCAACAACAGUGUGAGGACAAAAACAAAUAAAAAUAUAGAAGCGUUCAAAUUUAUAUUCAACAAGGAAGUCAUUUUAAUCAGCAGUUUCUGCUGCCUUAGCUUCCAAGAUGAACCGAUACACAACCAUGAGGCAGUUGGGGGACGGCACCUAUGGGAGUGUGCUUAUGGGCAAGAACAACGAAUCCGGGGAGCUGGUGGCCAUCAAAAGGUACCGUUAUUACAUGACUCUGUGUUCAUUUCUUCACAGAAACAAGUUUUUCCCUGAGUCAGUCAUCAGAAAUAUUAUGUACCAAAUAUUGCAAGGCUUGGCUUUUAUCCAUAAACAUGGCUUUUUUCAUAGGGACAUGAAACCAGAAAACUUGCUUUGUAUGGGUCCAGAACUUGUGAAAAUUGCUGAUUUUGGACUUGCAAGAGAAUUAAGGUCACAGCCACCAUAUACUGAUUAUGUCUCUACCAGAUGGUAUCGUGCUCCUGAAGUUUUAUUAAGAUCUUCAGUUUAUAGCUCUCCCAUUGAUGUAUGGGCUGUUGGAAGUAUAAUGGCUGAAUUAUAUACAUUAAGGCCACUUUUCCCAGGGACAAGUGAGGUUGAUGAAAUCUUUAAGAUUUGCCAAGUUUUAGGGACUCCCAGAAAAAGUGACUGGCCAGAAGGAUACCAGCUUGCAUCCUCUAUGAAUUUCCGCUUUCCCCAGUGUGUUCCUAUAAACUUAAAAACUCUUAUUCCAAAUGCCAGUAAUGAAGCUAUUCAGCUUAUGACUGAAAUGUUGAAUUGGGAUCCAAAGAAACGACCAACAGCAAGCCAGGCAUUGAAACAUCCAUAUUUUCAAGUUGGUCAGGUAUUAGGCCCUUCCUCAAAUCAUCUGGAAUCAAAACAGCCUUUACACAAGCAGCUGCAACCAGUAGCACCGAAGCCAUCUUUAGUUGAACUAGAACCUAAGCAUCUGCCAGAUAUAAUUGAUCAGACUGUCGGACAGGCUCAGCCAAAAACCAGCCACCAGCCACUGCAGCCCAUUCAGCCACCACAGAACGUGAGUGUCCAGCAACCUCCAAAGCAACAGAGUCAGCAGAAACUGCCACAAACACUAUUUCCAAGUAUCAUCAAAAACAUGCCAAAUAAGCCAAACGGAGCACUGGGUUAUAAAAAUGCGAGGAGGCGCUGGGGCCAGGCUGUCUUCAAGUCUGGGGACAGCUGGGAGGAGUGUGAGGAUGGUGAUUUUGGAGCCUUCCAUUCCAAGAAGCCAAGCAUGGGUGUUUUCAAAGAAAAGAGGAAAAAAGAUACUCCAUUUUGGCUUCCUGAGUCAGUACCCUCAGGCUCCAACCACUCCCUAGGGGAAAACAAGAAUUUACCUGCACCUGUCUCUCUAAAAUCUGAUUCUGAAUUGUCAGCUGUUUCAACAGCUAAACAGUACUACUUGAAACAAUCAAGAUACCUUCCAGGUGUAAAUCCCAAGAACGUGUCCUCGAUAGCCAGUGGAAAGGAGAUAAACCCACACACUUGGAGUACUCAGUUAUUUCCUAAGUCACUGGGGCCCACUGGGGCAGAACUUGCUUUCAAAAGGAGUAAUGCAGAAGAAAGCAUUAUUAAACCAAUCGAAAAACUAUCAUGCAAUGAAAGUUUUGCUGAAAAAUUAGAGGACCCACAAGGAAAUCUUGGAAGUUACGCUACUUAUAAUCAGUCAGGAUAUGUUCCUUCCUUUCUUAAAAAACAAGUGGGGUCAGCUGGCCAGAGGAUCCACUUAGCACCUCUCGGUGCAGCAGCUUCAGAAUAUACCUGGAACACAAAAGCUGGUCGGGGGCAGUUUUCAGGACCUACUUACAAUCCUACAGCAAAAAACCUAAAUACCAUGAACCGCGUACAGCAGGUUCCCUCAGUGCAUGGGAGGACAGACUGGGUGGCCAAGUAUGGCGGCCACCGGUAGGAGUCUCUGUUGCGAAGCAGUCUCGCAGCGUUGCUCCACAGAGCAUGUGCAAGCUCACUGGCCCUGGGAAAUGUCUGCAGAUGUCUAUUUCUACUGAGUUCUGGAAGAAAUAUGUAAUAGUGGGUACUUCGAACAGCAAAAAUCAUCUCCUGUUUUCUUUCUUUCUGAGAAAUGAAAUGCGUUUUCUUGGCAUUGGUCACAGUGCUGAUAUAUGAGUAGGACUUUACAAAGUAUUGAAUAAACUAUUUGCCAAAGUA